AUGAAAAGGUGGGAGACAAGCUUGACGCUAGCCUUCGUGCUGUCCGAGCUUACUGGGAACUGUGCGAGCGACGGAAUCAUGGAGAUGCUGUCACAGUUCAUUGACUUGGAAAAACUCGCCGAAGAAGCAGCAAUGGACACGGUAGACGAUCAAGUCGGUGUGAAGCCGGUUGAUACUGCAUAUCCCGUAGCUUCGGUCGAAAUGGACAUUUUGUUGCAGUUGUAUCAAGAUUGCCGAUCGAAUAAAUCGACAGGGCUGCGCACCUGGUGUACUGGCAUUAAAAAGGAUUCGUAUCUGGGUGACGGCUACCACGAGAAACACAAAUCGUGUCCAGAUGGGAUGGUAACACAUCCAUGCACUGGUCGAGUGCUUCGUUCCAACGAAAGUAUGAGCGCUGAAGACGUUGUUUACUUGUGGCCAUGGGAAGGAAUACGGUGUGAUCCAUACACGGAUCCAACUACCGUGACACACAUCUAUCUUCCAGGUGAGAGCCUGAAGUGUGAGUUGGCCAAGCUCGAUCUCAGUGUCAUGGUAUCACUCGAGCAACUGGAUUUAUCAGGAAACGAGCUAUAUGGAGGGUUUCCACCGUGGCUGGGCGAUAUGACAGUGCUUCGGCUCUUGAACCUCGCAGAAAAUGAGCUGACAGGUGAUAUACCGUCAUCCUUUGCUGAAAACGAUGCCCUCGAGCUUAUUAACCUUUCUGGUAACAAUCUCUCGGCUUCUACACUCAGUUCCUUCGAUGCGUUCCAUCGUCUCCAGCUCCUGGACUUGUCGUCCAACCGAUUUGCGAUGGAGCUGCCAAGAAACGUUUUUGCAAGCAGCUUUCUGCAAACAAUAAAUAUCAGCCACAACAAAUUUCAUGGAGAGCUGUCCCAGCUUCCUGUUUUUGAGACCAUCGAGACUUUUGAUGUGUCCUCCAACUUGUUGACGGGCACGAUUCCAUCGCAAUUGUCGUUGUGGGGCCGCGAAGACCCGCACAAUCCUGAUGAAAACUCGUCCUUGAUCACAGUCGAUAUAUCGAGCAACUUCUUCACGGGUGACCUUCCAGUGCUAUCCAACCAGUCUAAGCUGCAACGAUUAGACGUCCAUGAUAACUUCUUUGACGGUUUGUUGUCUGAUCUUCCUCCGUCAUUGUUUAACUUCGCGAAGCCCUCGAUGUUUGACGGGAACGAUUUCCGAUGUCCGAUACCUGCCGCGCUGCUCCCAGGUAAUCUCAGCUGCGUGUGUGGCAAUGGACAUACUACCACGUCGGAACUAUCUCUGAAACCUCUGGAUCACGGAAUUGGUGCUACCGCACGAAUACCCGCCAGCCAAGCUACUGAAAUCUGCGUGCCGUGCCCCGAAGGUUGGUACUCAAACGCGACAACAGGCCAGAAGUGCUUUCCAUGUCCAGCAGGAACUGUACCCAGUCGAAAGGCUGAUUAUUGCGAACCUUGUCUUCCUGGCAGAUUUUCCAAUGAGAGCGGUGCACAUCUGUGCUUGCCGUGCGCUCAGGGAACGUUUACAGCCGACAUUGGUGCGACAUUGUGCAUUUCGUGCAAUCCUGGACAGUUUGCAGCGGAACAGAGCUCAACGAAGUGCGCUGAUUGUCCCGCUGGAACCUUUUUCGGGUCGAAAGGGUCGUCAGCGUGUACACCAUGUCCACGAGGAACUUAUGUGAGUGCUGAGGGAGAAGCAGAGUGUUUCCUGUGCCCGAAAGGCACCUAUCAAGAUGGGGUUGGAUCAGCUGAGUGCAAGGCUUGUCCAGUAGGGUACAUCGCGCCUCAACCUGGUCAUGUCAAGUGCUCGCCAUGCCACCCCGGUAGUUUCUAUGAUGUCAGUCUCAAGACAUGUACUCUUUGCCGUCCGCGCACAUUUACUGCAGCAGAGGCGCAAAUUGAAUGCAGCAAUUGCGAAAUCGGAACAAUUGCCGAGGGUGGCGGUAGUGACAGGUGUCUUGCUGUUGCAGCUCCCGGAUGGGGAUAUACUGCUGCGGACAUUCCACUGAAGUGCAAGUCAGGGACCUAUAACGACGGGUCAUGGAGAACUUGCCAGCUUUGUCCGCCAGGGACAUUUGCAAGUGACGGAGGCUUGAAGAUGUGCUCGAAAUGUACUAAAGGCAGCUUUGCAUCGAAGUACGGAUCGACAGACUGCGUUCCGGCUCCCAGAGGUUCAUUCGUCCAGCAGGAGGGUGCAACUCGAGCAGAAUUGUGUCCGCAAAACUACCAUGUCGACAAAAGUGGCUCAACAAUAUGUGAACCGUGUCAGGCGCCAUCCUUCAGCUUUCUACCUGGUGGAGACAAAUGCGCUCUAGCCGAGCUAGGAGAAGUGUAUGAACGCGUAGAAUGGCCUCGCUUGGCUUUGAAUCUGGCAGGUUUGGGGCUACACGAUCUCCUCUCUCAAGAUGAUCACGUUUCGCCUAUCGAUGUCCUGAUUCAGAUCUGGACCGGCACCUUGACGAGCUACUCGGGUACAAAUCGUCCACUGCACGUAUUGCAAGUGCAUGAGUCUCGUGGUGCAUCUCAGUCGACGCAGAUCAUUGCUGCAAUCGAGGUAGGAAACCUGUUGGCACCCGAGACUCGAAUCGGUAGCAGCGGUCUCGACAAGGGGCUUAAUGACGCAAUGCAGCAAGCAGCAGAAGGUGCUGAAAGUGCGUUGGACGAUUUACUCGACAAGCUCAAGGGUGCAGCUUCUGGUGAAGGACUUCAAAUGAGCAGUGAUAUUGAUCAGCUUGCAGCUCUGGUGAGGUCAAGACCGUUCCGGGAUGCCUUGGUUCGCCAGUUCGAUGAAGCACACUUGCUAAGUGGAGCCUGGCAGUACAAUUUGGUGAACGUGUCCAUAGUGGAGCCACUAUUCGUUUCGACUCGCGCAGUGGCGUGUACAACAGGAACAUAUUUUACUGUCACUGCCGAUUCGAAGCGGUCAUGUCAAUCGUGCCCCGUCGGUUCAUACUCACCCACUAGUGGGGCUUUGGAGUGCAGACCGUGUCCUCGAGGAACAUUUACUGCAAAGGCAGGACAAAAAGUAUGCAAAGCGUGUCCAGCAGGUGCCGAUUCCGUACCGGGUGCUGCGUCAUGUGUGGAAUGUUCGUGGUUCACCUACGAGUGCCAAGAUUUCUGGCAGAAUUUGGUUGUUGCGACGGCCAUUGCAAUGGGUCUGCUCUCUAUUGUCUACCAGAAGAUCCGUCGACUGUUUGUAGGUGACAAAGCUCAGCAGCUACAAGACGAAAGUGUGGCGUUAAUGGCGACUGUGCGAGCUCAUGGUCGCACAUUUGAUGGCGUGCGGUAUGCCCCUAUGGGUACGAUUUCGGUGGAUACGAUGUUCGGCCUCGUGCCUCGGGCUCAAGACACCCAGUCCGGCAAUAUGCCGUAA